CGGCGGCGCGGGGCGGGGCCGGGCGGGGCGGCGGCGGCGGCUCGCGCUCCCCCUCAGCCCCGGCGCGGCCGCGGCGCCGGCCCCGGGAUGUCGCGCAAGAAGGCGGCUCGCAGCAAGGGCGGCGGCGCCGCGCCCUCCGCCGCGCUGCCUCCCGCCGGACAGGGCACCGGCCGCGCCGCCGCCGCCCCCCGGGGCAGCUCCGCCGCCGCCGCCGCCCCCGAGCUGCCCCGGAACGGCGGAGCGGCGGCGGCCGGGCGGCCCUCGCUGAGCAGCAGCGGGGAGUUCUACGACCUCGCCUUCAAGGUGAUGCUGGUGGGGGACUCGGGGGUGGGCAAGACCUGCCUGCUGGUGCGCUUCAAGGACGGCGCCUUCCUGGCCGGCAGCUUCAUCUCCACGGUGGGAAUCGACUUCAGGCACUUCCAGGGAUCCAGGGACAGCCACAGCUUCUCUGGGCUACCUGUGCCAGGGCCUCACUAUCCUCACAGGGAAGAAUUCCUUCCGAACAUCCCAUCUACCCCUGUCCUGCCAGGGAAAAGCCAUUCCCUGCGUCCUGUCACUGCACACCCUCGUCCAAAGUCCCUAUCAGGCUCCUUCCAGACAGCAUCCUCUCCCAGCCAGAAGCAGCAGCUAAGGGUACCAUCUUUCCCCUUUGCCAGGGAGCUGAAGCACAGGUCCAUGAAGCUGCCCAACGAGCCCAAAUUCAAGCUCCACGACUAUGUGAAGAAGGAAGUGCGAGGCUCGGGCUGCUGCAGGUCCUAACGUGUCUGUACAGAGACUCAGGCCCGUGGGCAGUGUGUGCAUGUCUGUCUGUCGUGUCUGUGUCUGCCCCCGAGGCCAGCUGAGACCAGGGCACAGGAGCAGCAGGAAAAGCUCUCGGAUUCUGCAGCCCCGUCGCGUCCAUCGGCUCCGGCUGCCCUCGCCAGCGUUCCUGCCCUGCUCGCAGGCGGGAGGAGGGUGUUUGGGAAGGGGCUGGGCUCUCCUGUGCCUGCUCUGUGAGGCUGCUGUACCCUCUGUGAGAGCCAGGGUGCGAUGCAGGGGAACCAACACCUUCUCCCCACCUAGGAGGAAAAAAGUCCUGAUUUUUUUCUGGGUAGAGAACACCCUGGACUCCCUUUUCUUUCCCUGUGUACCUGGAAUUCAGCUGAGAGCCCUGGCCCAGGGCAUGCAGGAAGGAUGUGUUUGAAGGCAGCCGUUCUUGUAGGUGCUUUCUCCUGUCUGUCCAUCCCUGUGAGGUGGGACAUGUUUCCACAGUGAGGGAUUCUCUGCUCCCUGCAAAGGCAGAGCUCGGCUGUCCGAGUGAGCUCCUGCACACCCGGCUGUGUACAGAGAUUUUGGAAUGCCCAUCCCUCUGGGAAAGGCUCUGCUUCUCCUCCUUCCGCCCUUUCUAGUACUUUGAGAGGAAGCCUAAUGUAUUGCAGCUUAUUCUAAAUACCUUCCUGUAAAUGUGCUGGUGUUUUCAGACUGCAACCACGCUUUGAUAUCUUCAAAGUUCUCUUGGGCAGCUCUUUCUUUUCACCGCAGAGAGCUGGGGGGAGGCUGCAGGCAGUGAUUUUACAGGCUGCAGACUCCUGCCAGCUCUCUUCAAGGGCCUCCUCACCCCUUUGGUCUGUGUCAGGCUUUUGGCUGUUUCUUUGUCAAGCUGCACUUCUCAGUACAAAUUUGAAUCUGGAUGAAGUGUUUGGCCUUUGGCAAUUUUUCCCUUUGAAAACUCCACGCACACAUCAGCAGGUGCCCGCUGAGGAGCCUCGGUGGCUCCUCCAAAUGAAACAGAAUAACCCAUCCUUUGCCCUCCAGCCAGCACCGGCCCCCAGCUGCUGACUCAGAUGCCCCUGCCCCUCGUUUUUCCUGGGAUUUUGGCUCCAGCGCCACCUUCCUGACGGGCACAAGGAGCCCCUGCAGCUCCCACGUGCUCCGAGCUUCACUCCUCAGGGAGCUACAGCAACAUGAGCAGCUACAGCUUCACAGGGUGAAAAAGGAUCUUAAAAUGAACCAGCUUUCUUCCCUAAAUAGUACCUUAGGGGAGGGAUAAAAAACUGAUUUAAAUUCUAAAACCACCUGUGGAAAACCCCUUUGUGCAGGAACAUUUGCAUUCCUGGCAAAGCCUGCUGCCAGCCCUGCAGGAGCAGCCAGGUGAGCUCUGUGAUGGGGGGCUGUCAGGACCCCUCACCCCAGUAAUUUGGUUUUGUGUGGGGCAGGAGCAGCCUGGCAGAGGCAGGCAACAGCCAGGCAGCUCCAUGGCUGCUUCCUCAUCCUGCCCUUGGAGCAGCAGCAGCCCCAUCCCGAGGAGACAAGGAGUCCUCCCUAAAGGCAAAAUUUAGGAUUCCUAAAGGAUUAAGAUUCCUAAUGUCAGGUUGCUACCUUCCCUCUCCCUCAGCCUGGCAUCUGUCUGGCUUACAAAGCUGACAGCUGCUCACUUCUUGCUCGGUGUGGGUCUAAACCAAAUAAAAACCCCCUCUAAAUGACAAAGAUGUAAAUGUUUCCCUUUGGGGCACCUCCAGCCUGCCUGUGGGGAGCAGACUCUGCCACAGCAAAGCUCUCACCGCCCCGUUUGUGGUUUAGACCCGAACUUGGAGCAGGCUCAGCCCCUGUCCCAGUGUGGUUCUGGUUCCCCAGUGCUGCACACCGGCCUGGCCCCGAAGCUCCUCCUCAGGGCCGGCUGGGAUUGUCCAAGGGCCUUUGCUGCCACCGCGCGGAGCUGCUCGGCGCAGCGUUAAUUGUUCCGGUUAAUUGCUCCGAGCACCCAGCCACGUGCGAGGACUCGGCCUCACCUGCAACAUCCCAUUUCUGCUGGCUCUUCUUUACAGCUUUCCGUUCAUUCCUGUUAAUAAAAUUUUUUUAAUAAUCUC